AUGGCAAUUGACUUCAUCACAAUUCCACCAACUGCGUGCGAUGCGGAACGCGCUUUCUCCACCGGCCGCCGGACGAUCAACUAUAUGCAGCACAGCACCUCCGCCGAAGUUCUGAACGCCAAGAUGUGUCUCGGUAGCUAGGCUAACCCGACCGCUCCUAUCUUCGGGGGCACCCUCGAGGGCUUAGCUCGUCAUGCCCGACCCAUCAUCGCAAGUGAGUUCAAAUGAGAAGAGUCAUGCUAGCCCUUGCAGCGACUGAGGACCCAAUAAUCUUUCUUGCAGGCAAGCUCCGUGCUCCAUCGAAGCGUGUCGUGGCAAAGAAAAGUUCUUCGGCAGUCCACAAAGCGAAUAAGCGGCAGCGCCACAACGUCACUGGAGAAUCCUCGCGAUCGACCUCGCUCUCGCAAAAUUCGCCGAUUGAGGAGCUGGAACUCUCAGACACGGACGAAAAAUCGUCUUGA